GGCCAUAAACAACGUUAAAUUAAAUAUAUUCCCCUCAAAAUAUGAUAAUUUUAAGACUCUGGUACGAUAAUGUGUAAUUUCCCAUUUGGCAACACGUUCGCCUGUUGAGGCACGCCGAGCCAGCCCAGCCCAGACAGGACUACUCCCCAUCCCAGACAACUUUGUUUGCAGACAGAAAAAAAAAAACAACGAACAAUUAAUUAAACACAUUUAUCGCAUUUUUUGGACGUGAAGAGGUGAUGCUGGGGGUGGCCGGAACGACGGGCAGCAUUGCCAAUGCCUUGGCGAGUGCGGCCUGUGAGCGAUGCAAGAGUGGCUUCGCUCCCACAGAGAAGAUCGUCAACAGCAAUGGAGAACUGUACCAUGAGCAGUGCUUCGUGUGUGCCCAGUGUUUCCAGCAGUUUCCAGAAGGACUUUUCUACGAGUUUGAAGGCAGGAAAUACUGUGAACACGACUUCCAGAUGCUGUUUGCUCCUUGCUGCCGCCAGUGUGGCGAGUUCAUCAUCGGCCGCGUCAUUAAGGCCAUGAACAACAGUUGGCACCCUGACUGCUUCUGUUGUGACAUCUGUCAGGCUGUGCUGGCAGACGUGGGCUUCGUCAAGAACGCCGGCAGGCACCUGUGUCGCCCGUGCCAUAAUCGGGAGAAGGCUCGUGGCCUGGGGAAGUACAUCUGCCAGAAGUGCCAUGCCAUCAUCGAGGAGCAGCCGCUGAUCUUUAAAAAUGACCCUUACCACCCAGACCACUUUAACUGCAACAAUUGCGGGAAGGAACUGACAGCCGAAGCCAGGGAACUGAAAGGUGAACUCUUCUGCCUGCCCUGCCACGACAAGAUGGGGGUGCCUAUCUGCGGCGCUUGCAGGAGACCCAUCGAGGGCCGCGUUGUCAACGCCAUGGGCAAGCAGUGGCAUGUUGAGCAUUUCGUGUGCGCCAAGUGUGAGAAGCCUUUCCUGGGCCAUCGCCACUAUGAGAGAAAGGGCUUGGCCUAUUGUGAGACUCACUACAACCAACUGUUUGGCGACGUGUGCUACCACUGCAACCGUGUGAUUGAGGGCGAUGUGGUGUCUGCACUCAACAAGGCCUGGUGUGUCACCUGUUUCUCCUGCUCCACCUGCAACACCAAACUCACUCUCAAAGAUAGGUUUGUUGAAAUUGACCUGAAGCCAGUGUGCAAGCAUUGCUAUGAUCGUAUGCCCGAGGAGCUGAAACGCCGCCUGGCUCGCCGCGAGCGUGACGCCAAAGACCACAAGAGGCAACCUUCUGCGUCUCAGUAGAGUUCCUCUUCUUUACAAGCUGCUGGUCGGUGCUCUUUCUGUCUUCUCUCUCAUGUGGCAUGACU